AGCAAGUUCUUGGAGCUAUAAGGAGACCCCCUGCCCACUAUGCGCAACCAGGUGUUCUGCUGGGUAUCCCUUUGUCUCCUGGGAGCAGGCACCAUGGACGUUAGAAUCACUCAGAGUUCAAAAUACCUGCUCAGAGAAGAAGGACAAGAGGUGACCCUGGAAUGUGAACAGAAUUUGGAUUACGACUACAUGUACUGGUACCGACAGGACCCAGGACAAGGGCUGAGACUCAUCUACUACUCACGGUUUGUAAAUGAUAUUCAGAAAGGAGACGUGUCUGAAGGCUACAAUGCCUCUCGGGUGAAAAAGGCAUUCUUUCCCCUCACUGUGGCAUCAACACAAAAGAACCAGACAGCCCUGUAUCUCUGUGCCAGUAGUAGAGACACACAGGGCCACGGUGAUUACUAUCACUUCGGCCCAGGGACCAAGCUGACGGUCGUCGAGGACCUGAAGGAGGUGUUCCCACCCAAGGUGACUGUGUUUGAACCAUCGGAAGCAGAGAUCAGCCGGACCGAGAAGGCCACGCUCGUGUGCCUGGCCACAGACUUCUACCCUGACCACGUGGAGCUGAGCUGGUGGGUGAACGGGAAGGAGGUCCAGACUGGGGUCAGCACAGACCCUCAGCCCUACAAGGAGCAGCCCACCCAGAAAAACUCCAACUACUCUCUGAGCAGCCGGCUGAGGGUCUCUGCUGCCUUCUGGCACAACCCCCGCAACCACUUCCGCUGCCAAGUCCAGUUCUUCGGGCUCACGGACGGGGACAACUGGACACUGACUAGGGCCAAACCCAUCACCCAGAACAUCAGUGCUGAGGCCUCGGGCAGAGCAGAAUGUGGCGUCAGCUCAGUGUCCUAUCAGCAAGGGGUCCUGUCUGCCACCAUCCUCUAUGAGAUCCUGCUGGGGAAGGCCACCCUGUAUGCUGUGCUGGUCAGUGCCCUCGUGCUGAUGGCCAGGGUAAGGAGAAGGUCAGGGUGGGCAGGUUAUUGGAGGGAGAGGGUGGAACAUCAUACAAGGGAUAUCUGGGGAUCUCAGAGCCUGACCUCAGCCCUGAUAUGGCCUACUCUGUCAAAGAAAGUACAAUGGGACUGCCAGACUGGGGAGAAAGUACAGGGAUCAUUACAGAAUGCAGCCUCGGAGGGUGGGGAGAAUCAACCAGCCCUACCCAAAUCAAUCCCGAGAGUCAGGCUCCUCUGACCCACUCCUACUGUUCCACGGCUGCCAGGACUCUGACAGUGUCCUCUCUU